AUGAGACUUCUGGUGGCGUGUGACGAUAGCGGGAGUAUUAAAGAGGUGCUAUGUAAUCGCAAGACCGAUACUUCGGUGCAAACGGCACCUCAACCUUUCCACAUAGGAACGCAUCUAACCGAAGGUUUGGCCAACAGAGUGGAAAUAAUGCAAAAAGUCUCCGACGACAGUAUACUUGUGGCCAGAGCAAACGGAACGGUCCAGGUUUUGAAACUGGAUCUCGUUUCUCGUCCUGAGGAGAACCAAAACAGUGAGAUAGGACCUAAUUUCGAUAUUUCUGAUCUGAAAGUGGUGUCAUCUGUACAGGGUUUGUUGGAUGACUCUGUCCUGUUGGAAUUGCAUAAAAAGUCCAAAAAAAGGUCCACACCGCGAGAUGGGUUCAUAGCCUUGCAAACGGUACCAGGUGCUUCUGAUAAAGUCGUAUGUGCUUCGAAAUCGGGCCACAUCCACAUUUUGAGCCUGAAAGACAACAAACUUCAUAUUUUCAAAAGCCACGCUGUAAAAGCACCUCUAGAGUUUGUUCAAUUCUACGAUAACCAAAUCGAUGUUGCCAGUAAAAAACGGUUUACAACACUUGCAUAUGGCGGAGAAGAAAACUUAAUAAAGCUGGCGAAGCUAUCGCCAAAUUUUGACAAGCUCGAACAGUUCUGGCAAGCCAAGAAUGUCUCUAAUGACAAACUCGAUCUAAAAGUUCCUAUCUGGCCGAUGCAACUCAAAUUUAUGAAUCCAACUCCAGACGCUGACGUCAACGGGGACGAUUACCAUUUUCUAGCAUUGAACCGUCUUGGACACAUACGUGAAUAUGACACGAAAAGAGGCCGUAAACCAAAAUCAUCACAUCCGCUUUUACCCAAGAAUGAGAUAGCAACAAAUCUUCAGGUUUUGAACACAGAUCUUACCCCACUGGGCAAUAUCAAAUCUGAGAGUUUCGACAACCUAGAAGUGCUUAUCACAGACUCCAAGAGAAAUGUCCUGGCAUGCGACACCUCACCCAGAACUAUAGGAAAAUAUGGAGCUGGGGAAAUAACGGGGGCGACUACGUUCGUGAGUGUUGUUGAGAAAAAAUAUCUUCUACAAUGUGGCCUGGAUAGAUAUGUUAGAAUUUUUGACGUUGAAUCCCGAGCUUUGCUUUGUAAAGUUUAUCUGGGAGCCAAAGCCAGCUCUGUGUUGCUCAUAGAUGACCAGGAAGUGGAAGUACCGCAACCAGAAAGUUCUGAGAAGAAAAGGAAAGUCAAAGACCGAGACGUUGAAGCGGAGGCUCUAGAAGAUGAGGAGAUCUGGACGACUUUAGAAGGAACAGCCAAAAAAACUAGAACUAAUUGA